CUUCGUCUCUUCCUCUCUCUGCUCGCGGCACGAAGGCAGCUGGGUUCACCUCGACCUCAUCGGCUCAUCCCGAGUUCACCUCGCAGGCGCCGGGCAGACUGGUCCUCGCCGCGCCCUCCUCCCCGCUCCCUCGCCAUCGCCGAGUUCACCUUGCAGAGCGUCGCCAAGCCUCCUCCCCCUCCAACCCUCUACUGGCACAGCUGGGAGUGCAGACCCAUCCGGACUAGGAUUGGUUCCUCGGUGGCUUGCUGGUAGCUCAAUCUGCGCCAAUGCGUCGACCAUAAGAGGAUACGUUUUCCAGCGAAGAGUUUUUUUGGGGGGGUGUUUGAGCGCCAUGGAGAUACUUAACAGCGUUUCCUUCGGCUCGAUAGGCUUCAACAGAACCAGAACGAACAAAUUAGUGAAGGUAGGAUCUCAACCACAACGAAUUGGCUGGAAGCUGUCAAGGACAUGUUGCGAAUACUCUGCUGAUACUUCUAGAAAGAGGCAGGCAGAGUAUGAGCAACAACCACAGAAUGUUGAUCUUCCAGAAUUACAACCAAAAAACAAAAAGAAACCCUUUCCUGUUCCAAUUAAAAAGAUGUUGCAAGAUUCUCGGCGAGAUAAGAGGCUUGCACAAAUGCGGAUAGAGAAGCCUCUUGAAGCCCCAAAGAAUGGUUUGCUUGUGCCAGAGCUUGUUCCUGUUGCUUAUGAAGUCCUUGAUAACUGGAAAGUGCUCAUCAGAGGCCUGUCUCAACUUCUGAAUGUUGUCACAGUUUAUGGCUGCAGAAAGUGCCCUCAAGUUCAUGUUGGUCCAGUUGGCCACCAGAUCCAGGAUUGCUAUGGUUCAGGAAGCCAGCGUCGGAACAGUCAUCAUUCUUGGGCUAGCGGUUCCAUCAAUGAUGUCCUCAUCCCGAUCGAGUCGUACCAUCUUUUUGAUCCAUUUGGACGGAGAGUCAAGCAUGAAACCAGGUUUGAUUAUGACAGGAUUCCGGCGAUUGUUGAACUAUGCAUUCAGGCUGGUGUCGACUUACCACAAUAUCCCUCGAGGCGACGGACUUCUCCUGUCAGGAUGAUAGGCAAGAAGGUGAUUAGCCGCGGUGAGUUUGUUGAUGAGCCUAAGCCACACCGGUCAGAAGAUUGUGUAUCUCUACUUGCUGAGCUGGACACAUUCAACAACCAACAGGGCCAGUCACCUUCACCAUCCAAUGUGAAAGAGCUUGCAGAGAGGACACUGAAAGCAUACCUCAAUGUGAGGCAAGGUGUUGAGCAACUGAUGAGCAAGUACACUGUGAAAGCAUGUGGUUACUGCUCUGAGGUCCACGUCGGUCCAUGGGGCCACAAUGUGAAGCUCUGCGGGGCUUUCAAGCACCAGUGGCGGGAUGGCAAGCACGGGUGGCAGGACGCGGUGGUUGAUGAGGUCAUCCCGCCUAACUACGUGUGGCAUGUCCCUGACCCCAGUGGCCCUCCUCUCAGAUCCUCUCUCAGGAGUUUCUAUGGAAAAGCUCCAGCUGUCGUAGAGCUGUGUGUGCAGGCUGGAGCUGCAAUACCGGACGAGUAUAGGCCAAUGAUGAGGACUGACAUUGUCAUCCCAGACAGUGAGGAAGCUCGGUGGGCUGCAUAAGAGCAUUCUACUUCUACCCUGCACCAGAGCCCAGAUUCCAACCAAAGAUGCCGUUUUCCAGGCAUGCUGUGAUGGUUGGGGCCGUUGGUCCUGUAAUCUUAUAGUUCAGAAAGCAGCAAAUGCGUAGUCUGUAUAAUAUAAGUAGCAUAGCUAAAUCAUGAUCGAUCGGAAUUUAGAAUUGAUCCAAAGACCUCGUUUAAAUAUUCACUGAAAGGCUUAACACAUGAACCGAGGACGCACGGCGACAAACCUGAUUGCCUGAAAGUGAAAAAGGAUGGCCUCCGCAACAUGUAUGAUGUCCAUACCACCUUGUUUAAUGGCCGCUGGUAGCUUUAUUCCUGUCUAUGCUAGACUGUGAGGCACUUAGAAUGCCUCAGGCGUUGUCAUACAGAUGGCCUCCCGUUUCUCUGCCGGUAGCAUGGUACCAUGCUUAAUUGUGAGCUAGCGCUUUGGAUUAAACUAAUCGCGAGCGGUUUGUUCGGGUAUUUGUGCGCCUGGUUGUAAUUAAUCAUGGGCUAAAGGUUGUGCGCUUGUGCCCGCCACAGAUCGACACUUUGGGCGUAUGGCAACAUGUAUACUCCUACCAGAUCGUCGGCAUAGUGUGUUCCCCUUUUUGCUGAAUACUACUGUACUACUUUGUAACAUGCAUGUAGAGGCUACUUAUUCAGUUCCGUUCACUAAUUGUGCUUAUUAUGAAAUGUUUUGAGCUGUA